AUGACAUUAACCAUACUUGACUUGGGAGAAGACAUCUUAACCUACGGUAUCUCCCGCUACUUAUCACCCGAUGAUAUCUUUAAAUUCUUUGCUUUGAAUUCCACCUUGUACAAGCUCUUUCAAACAUCCCCCACAAUUUACCAAUUGCUUUAUAAUAAAAAGUUCACCAACAAUGAAAACAACUACACCUUAAGCUUGCAGCAACACCUCAACUGGAAACAACUUUGGCAGCUUCGGUGUGAUAAAAACCAGCAAGUUUUUACUUGGGGUGAAAGUAAUGGCGGUCGAUUGGGAUACUUGUCUACAAGAAUAGACCAGUCACAUGUACUGAGAAAAUUGGGCGGUUGGUCUGUACACAUCCCCACAAACAUUCCUGAAUUCAAUCGGCAUCUUGUUGUUGAUCUCAAAGCUAAUGGUUAUAGCUUUGUUAUAUUGUUGAAUAAUGGCGAGUUGUGGUUUACAGGCAUGGAUUGGAAGCGGCCCCAACAAGGGUUAUCAACUCCUGGACCGGUAAAAAGUAAAGAUUACAAGCCAAAUCCUGGUACAAUGGCAUUAAGCAGCAUGAAUAACAACGCAGAGGAUACUGUUGGUGGCAGAAGGAGCAUUAUACGCGGUACAUUUUCGCGAGGCGGUGGUAGGACUGGAGUAAUGCCUAUGCCAAUUAGUGGAAGGUACACUCAUGACGGAAGCAGUGAAAGUGAUGAGGAUGGCAGCUCAACGCAGGAAGGCUCGAGUAGUAGCAAUACCCAGGCUCCGCCUUCAACAACGGCACCAGCACCAGCGCCGGCCCCAGAAACUUCUUCACAAUUGCCGCAGUCUAGAAGAAGACUUCAACCUAGUGAAUCCAGAUCCGCAUUGAGACAUCCACCAUCAAAGAUUCAGGAGACCAAUUUUUUGUCACGCUUGUUUCUCCCGCCAAUUAAUGGAUCUGACGACAGAAAGAUCAUUUCCAUCAGCACAGGAAGAGAACAUAUCGUUGCUCUAGAUGACCAAAAUAACGUAUACACUUGGGACUCCGGUUGCAAUUCAAAUAUAGGUAUACAUAUCCAAUUUCAUGAUAUACGAGAGGAUUCAAACAUUGUCAAGGUUGCAGCAGGAUGGAACUUAUCAGCCUGUCAAAUCGAUACAGUGGGUUUGGUUGUGUGGUACUCUAGGGAACCAUUGACCAAAGUGCAAUUUGAUCAACAAAACUACCAAAGCAGAGCCAAAUACUUGAUCAUACCGGGGACCGAAAACAAUGUUGUUGAUUUCACAGUAGGCACGGAUUAUGUGCUAUUUAUUAAGAAAUCAGACUCUACAUUGCAUCAAUUCAGAGUAAAUGCCCAUGAUUUAUCAACCAGAGACGAUGAACUGUUAGACAUUAAUGAUUUGAAACGAAUGGUUACUUCAAUGGACAAUUUCAAUGACUGGAUUUCGCAGCAGGAACAGAGUGUUCAAUUCACUCGAUUAAAUAGUUGCUAUACCAACUUUGUCGUAUUUACCAAUCAUGAUCAAGUCUUGAUUGGAUCCAAAGCCCAUUUGCUAUACCACAUUAGUGAAGAAGAAGGGCAAGGCAAAGAGCCCGUGGUCAUUCCCGACUUGCAAGGGCAAAGCAUCAAAUCGAUCGAGAUUGGCGAUUAUCAUUAUUUGGCAUUGACUAAUGAUGGAUCAUUGCUUAGCUGGGGAACUGAAUCGAGGUCAUGUGGUUGCUUAGGUAUUGGACCACGGGAAUUGGCAGUUUCCGAGAAUGUAGAUAAUGUGGUUGAACGCGGAGUAAAUUUAGAGGUUAAGCGGCCAAUGCAUGUGAAAAAUCCAUUGGGAAGUAGAGUUAAAGGUAAAUGGGUAGCUGUUGCAGCUAGCGGAUGGCAAUCUGGUGGUAUAUAUGUACCACUUGAGGAAUGA